UUUCUAUUUCUAAAUGCUGUCAUUUUCACACCCGUUGAAUCUUCAGUUCAACGCUCGAAUGACCUAAAAAAUGACUUCACUCAAAAUUUCGUUUUUGACUUGAUGGUUUAGACAAGAAGUUGUUGACGCUCGAGAGCCUUUUUUAUAUUCAUCCUGCGUUCGCAUAGCAUAGCACGCAGUCACGUGGUGAAAUUAAUCACAGCCGAAUAAUAACAUCAUAAAAACUGUCCUUGAAGAUAGCCCCGAAGGAUCGAACCCAACUGUUUGGCCGUUCAGAGAAAAAGAGAAACGGUAAGAAUUAGAUAAUAGAAGCAUUCUUUCUUCUAGUUAACGAAUGUUUUAAAUAAAAAAAUAUGGAGUUGUGGCUUUUAACGAUUCCUGUGAUUUUGCUCAUAUUGCUGAAAGUAUACCUGAAAAUGAUGGCCGGUGUCUGUAAAAGCGAUAAAUCAAUGGAAGGAAAAGUGGUCAUUAUUACUGGUGCGAACUCUGGCAUAGGAUUCCAGACGGCUUUGGAACUAGCCAAACGAAAGGCUAAAGUCAUUAUGGCUUGUCGGAGUGUGGAACGUGCCCAAAAAGCUGCAGAAAAAAUUAUAAAGUCGUCUGGAAAUCGAAAUGUAAUCGUUCAGCAGCUGGAUUUGUCUUCUUUGAAAUCGGUGAGAGAAUUUGCCUCUAGAAUCGUUUCUUCGGAACAACGACUGGACGUCUUGAUAAACAACGCAGGAGCCACCCCCACACCUGGACUGCAUCUGACAGAAGACAAACUGGAGCUUCAGUUCGCGAUAAAUCAUUUCGGACAUUUUCUUCUGACGAAUCUUCUGUUAGACCUCCUGAAGAAAUCCGCUCCUUCGAGAAUCAUCGUAGUGUCCUCCAUCACUCACUUGUGGGCUAAACUGGAUUUAGACAAUCUAAACUGCGAGAAAUAUGUGAGAGAUCCCUACUGGAUUUACUGUAGUACGAAACUCGCAAAUCUCCUGUUCGUGCGCGAGUUAGCAAAAAGACUAGACAGCACAAACGUCACGGUUAACGCUUUGCACCCUGGUGGAGUUAGGACCAGAAUUGCAAGAAACGCCCGAUGGUUCAUUAAAUACAUCAUUGUACCUAUUGUCUAUCCAUUUCUUAAAACUGCCAAGAGUGGAGCCCAAACUACUAUACAUUUGGCUGUAUCAGACGAGGUGGAAAAUAUUUCGGGAGAGUAUUUUGUGGACUGUGAAAAGUACUGGACAUCCCGUUCCGCGAAGGACGAUGAAAAGGCAAGAAAAUUGUGGGAACUAUCAGAAAAGUUAACAGGUAUGUCGGCAAAAGAGAGUGCUUUUCCACAGAUUUCAUAAUGCAUUCAUCAGAUUUUCUACCAUUUGCAUUUCCUACAGACAUUCAUUUUUGUCAGGAGUGUUCAUUUUGGAAGUCUGCAAUUGUACAUUCCAGAAAACUAAUAUGGCACGCGCAAAACAUUUGAUGUUUCAAACACUUUCUAUCUCAUCAUCUGUGUUCUAUGUCGGAACUCCGCAU